CGUUGACUCGUGACUGGUCCGCAACUGCUGCUACUAGUCCCGCCCCGCUUGUCUUACCCGCCAUUCGUCCGAGAAAUAUGGAAGUUUAUGACCACGAAGCUGACAAGAUAGACAGGAAAAAAUCAACCGAUAACAAAAAAUUCUCAAACAAAAAACAAGAACCUCAUAGAAAAAAUAGCAAUGGUCAAAAAGUGACGGAAGAUUUGCCUGCAAAAAAUAUUUCAGCUACAGAUCAUGGAAGUCGUUCAUCUAGCCUGACCCCAAUAGUGAAUCGCAGACCUAAUGAAAGAAAAAGCCUAGAAGACAAACAAUCUCCAGGUAGAGCAUCGAAGUCAGCUGUUUCGAAAGUAAAUAACCCGGGGAAAUUAUUACAAGAAAGUAACCAAACUCCUAGCGAAGGUAACUCCCUUGCGUCUUCCCCGUCUUCCAAGUUUCGAUCUCGUGGAAGUCCUUUACGAACGCCUCAUGGAUCUCCGAAGAACGCCAGCACCGCUCUGUCACCUCGUGCUUACGGAAUUGCUAGGAAAUCUUCUGAAGCAAAAAUUAAUAGAACUUUAGCUGCUAAUUCUAGCCCUAAACACGAGACUAUUUCUAGAACCCAAGAGCCAAGCGGUUCUCCGAACCAACACAGAACGGCUACACGCAUGUCAACAAAACCACUUCAACCAAUCAGGCCGACAUCAGCCGGCAUGCAACCGGCUGAUCUGAUCCCAUCACCCAGAUAUGUCCAAGUUGUCGGAUCUAGUGGACCAUCAGUUUCUAGUACCGGUAAAACCUCGGGAAAAAUUUCUCAACGCUCGGAAACACCUCAAAAUCUGAAUGAAGCAGUGGUUAUGGACACCGAAAAUCCGAAAUCGAUUACAUCUGCCGCGCCAAAGCAAGUCGUGUUUGAAAGUCCCGUGAAAUCAAUUAGGGAUGAUGAGUCUUCGCCCCGAUCUAGUGGAUCAACAAUUUCGGGUUCAGGUAUUUCUUCAGGGUCUACAAAUCCUCCGACAUCACCAAGUGCAGGAGGAGAAUCUAGUCCCAGAGACGUUGGUGGAUCACCUGUUUUGGGUUCAGGUAUUGCUUCAGGGUCUACAUAUCCUCCGACAUCACCAAGUGCAGCUGAGGUAUAUAGUCCCAGAGAUGCUGGUGGAUCACCUGUUUUGGGUUCAGGUAUUACUUCAGAGUCUACAUAUGCGCCGACAUCACCAAGUGCAGAAGGUGGAUUCAGUCCUAGAGGUGCUGGUGGAUCAGAGGCUGUAUCGGAACCAACGGAAACUGCGCAAAAAAGAAUUGAAACGAACAUCAAUCGAAGUAAAAACAAGAACAGAAAUAAGCGCGGACUGCGAAGCAGGCGCAAGAAACAGAAGGAUAACGGGUCGCCUAUAUAACAAUUUCCGUUGAUAAAUGUAAACAAAUUGCGAAAAUAAAUUUAC